AUGGAGAUUUUCAUUGCCAAUGUUCAUAUCAAUACCACAGAAACUCAGUUGCGAAAAGCAAUUGCUGAAGUGCUCCACAGUAGCUCAUACGAGCGUUAUUCUGCGUCGUACGCUAAUUUCGACGUCCGAUUAUUUCCGUCAAGAAACGGGGUUUCUCGGCAAAGCCAUCGCGGAAUAGGCGCAUUGACCGUCCCGACAGUGGACAUAGGCCAAAAAUUCCUACAGGAUUGUGGAGGCCAGUUUCCUCAAUGGCCCAUUCGCUUGCUCGGGAAAACACUCAAUUUCUCGCCGAGCAAGUAUGAAGUCCAAACCCACGUCCUCGAAAAGAUUCAGCGCCUUCCAUAUCAAGACCCUGUUGUCUUGCAAGAGAGGCAAUCUUUGACGAACGAGCUGCAGAAAAGUUCAAUUCCCAUCAAAAGCAUACAAUUCGGUUGGGAAACACGAGACGGGUGUUUGUCCGUCGAAUGGGAGAAGACUUUUUCAGACUGUUGCGAACUCAAUUUCUCGGCACAAAACCGACAGAUCCGCAUCAAGGCCGCGGAGUUUUUCACCGAAAAUUCACUAGUAAUCCACAUUUCUCAGGUCUCCUGGAUUGCAACUGGUAUCGAUAAUGUCAACGAACCCGCCAUCUUUUUUUCCUUGCUAUCCCAUCCGAAAUUCGAAUACGAACUAAUAUCUGCGAUGGAAGAACUCUUGGGGCAGACAAAGACUAAGCGAAAGCGGAGUCUUUAUCUAUUUGAUGACCCGGAUUAUAGGCGCGUUCUUCCCUACGCGUCCUUGGCUAUACGUGUUGUUUGUCACAGCCGGCAUGCAUUGCAGGACUUCAGGCGUCUUGCUAGGCUUGUCCAUCUUCGCGCCCCGAAGGAUGUUCUGCCCAUGGUGGUUCACCGUGAUCUAUUUUCCCAAGACAGGCUGGACUCUUAUUAUUCUUGGAUACGGGGACUGGAUUGGAAAGUAGCAUUUCAGGUGGAGGCUAUCUCACGAGCGCUUUCCGCCGACUUACAGGAAAUCUUGUCAAUUCGGCACCGCGUCGACCACCUCGUCGAUUCGAGUGGCGAUGCUCUUGCUGCCGAUGUGUUGCAAUAUUUCGGUGUCCAGGCCAAGCAGUAUUUAUGGAAUCCAGAAGGCAGCUAUGAUACUGGCGCAACAUUUAAAGACUUAUAUAUUCGCUGCGAACGCGAAUUCCUGACAUCCACUCGGCCUCUGUCAUCGCAACGACCUCCCUCCGAUGACCUUUUCUACAGCUACAAUGUCUCCGUGACACCAACCACUAUACAGCUCAUAGGGCCUUUACCAGACCGCUCGAACCGGAUCAUGCGAAUGUAUUCCCAGGACCACGACAACUUCAUUCGCGUCAGUUUUAUUGACGAAAAUGGACUUCAAUACCAGCAUGACAGGGAGGUAGACGGGUCAGCGUUCAUUAACAUAUGGAUAAACAAAAUUCUGCAUCAAGGACUUUCGGUCGCGGGUCGCGACUUUCGUUUCCUUGGAUAUUCUCAAUCCGCACUGAAAUCUCACACGGUGUGGUUUGUGCGUCACGACCCAAUUAGCACGCGACUUCACCCCCAAACCAUCAUCGACCGCAUAGGAAAGUUCGACAACCUUUCUUUCGAUCAGGAUUUGAUCAGGUGCCCAGCUCGCUACGGAGCCAGGAUCUCGCAGGCAUUCACAGCCACCGAUCCUUCCGUGCUGGUAGAGGUGGAAGAAAUCAUGACGAUAGACGAUAUCAAGGUGGGAAAAUGGUGCUUUACGGACGGUGUUGGAACAAUGUCCAAGGAACUGGCCCGCGGAAUCUGGAAGGAGCUACAACGGCGACGAAAACGGUCUGCGCAUCGUGCCGUGCCUUACCCGUCUGCGUUCCAAAUCCGCUUCCAAGGAUCAAAGGGAAUGAUCAGUAUCGACCACAGGCUCUCUGGGCGUGCUAUCUGCCUGCGCCAUUCCAUGAUCAAAUUUGAAGCCCCGAACAGUCUCGAAGUCGAGAUCGCCUCCUCGUUUACACAGCCGAGUAAAUAUUACCUCAAUCGACCCCUGAUCAUGAUACUCGAGAGCCUGGGUGUCCCAUACUCCGUCUUUGAAAAUCUGCAGAAUGAUGCUGUCGACUAUGUCGAACAGUCCACAGAAUCACUGGAGGCAUCGGCGAAAAUGUUUGAUCAGUUCGGCCUGGGAACAAGUUAUCGCUUUACUUCUAUCCUUCGCAGUCUCUCGAAACUCGGCAUAGAUCAGCUCAGCGACGAUGGGUUUUAUCAGCAGAUGCUGGAAUUCGGGAAGCAUCACAUUCUGCGUGACUUGAAACAACACGCGAGGAUCCCUGUUCCAAACGGCUAUACCUUGGUCGGUGUGGCUGACAUUGACGGGUACCUUGAGGAAAAGGAAGUGUUCGUUUGCAUACAUCCUCAAGAUGGCUCCAAGUUCUACCUGGAUGGACCAGUUCUCAUCUCAAGAUCACCCACCAUCCAUCCUGGCGAUGUACAGAUUGUGAGGGCCAUUGGCCGCCCCCCACCAGGAUCCCCGUUCGAGAAGGAAUCGCUCCCGAACACUGUUGUCUUCUCUGUUAAAGGCGACCGACCUUUGCCUUCCUACCUAGGAGGUGGCGAUCUGGAUGGUGACUUGUACAACGUUACAGCAAUGCCAGAGCUACUGCCUCGUGUUAAUUAUGAGCCAGCGGCUUACAACCCCGCACCCAAAAAGCUGCUCGAUCGCCCGAGUACGAUAGACGAUAUUGCUGACUUUGUGGCCGACUACGUGAACAGCGACGUUCUUGGUCUAGUCGCGGUGACUUGGCUAGUGAUUGCUGAUCAAAGCGAGAAAAGCAUCUUCCAUCCUGCAUGCCUACAACUGGGUCAAAUCCACAGCGAUGCAGUGGAUUUUCCGAAGAGCGGAAAGCCAGUCCCCCUCGACAAAAUCCCAAGGUAUUUAUUCAAUGCAAGGCCAGACUGGAACGCACCGGAGACAGUUGACGCAGAAUCCUCGGCGGAUUUCUACCUCAGCCAAAAAGCUAUUGGCAAGUUGUUCCGCAAGAUUGACCUGCCGGCUUUAGAGGACGCAAAGCAAGCAGGACGUUUGGCGCGACGGCAUUUGGACCCUGACCGCGAGAUAUCGUUGGAGACAGUCCUCGAGCAACUCAUCGAGCCCGAUCGCAACUAUCUAGAGUCUGCGAUCGAAAUCUUCAACACUUACGCCCGGGAUUUGCAAAGUAUAUGUGCUGCUAACACCGUUUCAAAUCAUCGCGGGGCUACGUUGACAGAGGAAGAAGCGGUGGUUGGGACUAUCGUAGCGAAGUGUUCACAAAAGAAGAGAAGGAAGGAUGCGAUGGCAAAUCUGCGCGAACAAACGAGUGUCCUCGUCAAAGAAACCAAGCAGCGACUGGAGGGAGAGGAAAGCACCACAGAUGGAGAAUCGCUGUAUCGUGCAUGGGCGGCAUGGAUGGUAUCGCGAUCAGAAGAGACAUCGUUUGGAGCGAAGAGUUUUGGAUGGAUUGCUUUGGGGGAAAUUUUCGAGAACAUCAGAACUGUUGAGCACGAGAAAAGCCAGUUUCGUUGGUGA